AUGGAACGAGUUUUGCUAUCUGUUGGCUACACAAUACGGGACCGCGGUGAACAUAUCCAAGUUGGAGUUGUCUUCGAUCAAAACACAGAAGAGAUCCAGAACGCUUUCAAGUUCGCGAUGGUUCAGCACUCGACGUCCAACCGGAGCCGGUUGGAUUUCCAGCUCUACGUCGACGUCAUUAACACAGCAGAUGCCUUCAAACUCUCCAGGCUUAUCUGCAAUCAAUUCGGACGUGGGGUAAUGGCGAUGCUGGGUGCUGUAACUCCGGACUCCUUCGACACUCUGCACUCGUAUUCCAACACCUUCCAGAUGCCGUUCGUGACCCCCUGGUUUCCUGAAAAGGUUAUACCACCGUCAUCGGGCCUCAUCGAUUAUGCCGUCAGCAUGCGACCGGACUACCACCGAGCUGUCAUCGACACCAUCACCUUCUAUGGUUGGAAGAACGUCAUAUACGUGUAUGAUUCCCACGACGGUCUGCUUCGCCUCCAGCAACUGUACCAAAGUCUGCAACCGGGCAACGCUACUUUUCGAAUUUCUAAUGUGAAACGCGUCUCCAACGCAACUGACGUGAUCGCAUUUCUCGGCUCGAUCGAGCGUCUGGAUCGCUGGAGCAAUAAAUACGUUGUACUCGACUCCACAACACAACUCGCUAAAGAAGCUCUAAUUUUGCACGUGCGCGACGUAAGGCUCGGGCGCCGGAACUACCAUUAUUUUCUAAGCGGUCUGGUGAUGGACGAUCGCUGGGAAAGGGAGGUCACAGAAUUCGGAGCUAUUAACAUAACUGGGUUUAGAGUACUGGAUUUUUCGAGAAAAGUCGUAAGAGAUUUUAUCGAUGUUUGGAAGAAGAAUUCUAUUUCGGCCCAAGCUGCCCUCAUGUACGACGCGGUCCAGGUGUUGGUGGACGCCAUAGUGCGGCUACUCCGUAAGAAGCCAGAUAUACUGAGGGGAACGAUAAGACGGAAUGCCAACGUGAACACAAGCCGCAUCAUCGACUGCAACCCUAAAGGCAAAAUUACACCUUACGAACACGGCGACAAGAUAUCACGGAUGAUUAAAAAGACGGAGUUAGAUGGGCUGACCGGAAGCCUUCGGUUCAACGAAGAGGGCCAUCGUCGCAACUUUACCUUGCAAAUCAUGGAGCUCACUGUUGAUGGUGAAAUGGUCAAAAUUGCGACGUGGUAUGACAACCGCGGACUUGUGCCGGUGGUGCCCAAGCUAUCACCAUUGUCUCCCCCCGGAACAUACGAUCGAAACAAAACAUACAUAGUGUCCACCAUAGAAGAGCCCCCAUACGUUAUGCGGCAUAAAGCAGGCGGGCCGGAAUCCACGCCUAACGACCCAUACAGAGGCUUCUGUGUAGACCUCGCCAAAAUGUUAUCGGAUAAGUUGGAAAUCAAAUAUGACUUACGACUGGUGAAAGACGGAAAGUACGGAAACGACAAUCCGAAAAUAGUUGGCGGUUGGGACGGGAUGGUUGGCGAACUCGUCAGGAAGGAAGUAGAUAUGGCUAUAGCUCCACUCACGAUCACACUAGAAAGAGAAACUGUUAUUGACUUUAGCAAACCAUUUUUGUCGUUCGAUGUCAAAACGAAAAAAAAUUCAUUCAAGGACCCCACUACGAUAUUCAGUUUUCUUCAUCCACUUUCUAAGGAAAUAUGGCUCUGCAUUAUAUUCAGCUUGUUCGCCGUUAGUGUUGUACUAUUUCUGGUAUCGAGAUUUUCCCCGCACGAAUGGCGUUUGAUUUCAUUCACCGACUCUCAAACUUCGGAUCACUCGGAAGUGGCAACAACAAAGACGACCGCGGUCAACGAAUUCACCUUCUGGAAUUCUAUGUGGUUUUCGUUGGGUUCUUUUAUGCAGCAGGGCAGCGACAUUACGCCGAGAUCGAUUUCCGGAAGAAUUGUAGGAUCGGUUUGGUGGUUUUUCGCAUUGAUCGUUAUCUCGUCGUACACUGCCAAUUUGGCGUCUUACCUCACCCUGACACGUAUAUCGGAACCGAGUCAAUCAUACAACAAAUUAGCGACAUGCCCUGAGGAUACGGCUGGCAAUCUAGGAAAUUCAAUGUUCCAAGAAGGAGGUGAAGGGAAUGGCUGGCUUAAUUUUAUCUUCGAUCCUGCUGGUUCUAAUAGCGAAAAUGAUAAAAAGCCCUGUGAAAUGUUAGUCACCGUUGCCAGCACUGGGGUGCAGGAUUUUGCAGUCGCAAUGCCGAAGGGAUCCAAAUUGCGGGACGGAAUCAACCUUGCCCUCCAAUCACUUAAAAAUGACGGCGAGUUGCAAAAACUCAUCCGCAAAUGGUUUACUAAAGCAGAGUGUGAAGCUAACCAGGACGUUCAAGGCUCGGAACUGACUUUAGGUCAAGUGGCGGGACUGUUCUACGUCUUGCUGGGUGGACUGGGUCUUGCUUUAGGCGUGGCAUUAUUGGAAUUUUGUCAGCAUGGUCGUGCUGAAGCAGCUCGCGCCAAUGUCCCACUAGGGGCAGCGUUACGCGCCCGCGCUCAACUUGCUUCGUCUGGAACCAACCGUGACAGGAAGAACAAUUCUCAGCGAACCCCACAACGUGAUAGCGACCGACUCGGAUGGAAUGGCGGAGCCUUCACUGGAGUGAGCUACUACAGCCCGGCCACCCAGAUCGGUCAGGAGGAGACUUCCCUGCACGCUAGCUUCACGCAAGUCUGAUCCUCGGCUCGGGAGGCCAGCGUCUGCCGCCGGCUAUCCCAACCCAGGCGACAAUCCACCUCAGUUGAUCUCUAUCAAUUGUAAACGAUCAAAUAAUACCACGGCAUUUAACAAAAUUUCCUCUAAUAAUUAUUCGACCCAUUACAAGACCCUGAAUAUCUUAAUUAAUUAACGUAUACGCAAUGAGCGUCUGUACCUAUAGUGAAUUAGAAUGUACUUUUUCGAACUAAUUUAGUGCACAGUUCAUCGUAUGUACGUUUGUGUAUUAUGCGAGCGAGUUACAUGGUAGAGAUGUGUAGAUCGGUUAGAUUUAUGUAUUUGUUUCGCGUUUCAAUUCGAAACUAGUUUGGGAAUGCCCUAAUAUCCAUUUUGGUCGACCUCUAUCAAGUACAAACGACCGAUGUGAAUAAAGCGGCUCAGCACGUUUUUUAUUUUUGUUAUCGUAUAAAUUUCUUAUUGCUGUAUGGUAAGAAAAGCUCAGUUGCCGUGGGAUAUUAAUUUAAUGCAGAAAAUUAGAUUUUCGGAUUACUUUUUCUAGAUUAAUUUUCAUGUUCGGCUAAUUAAUGUAUCAACGAUACUUUUUUUUCUCAAAAUGAUUUAUUUCAAUUCUAUGAUAAUGUUAUAUUUAUAAUAAACUAAAUAUACAUUUUACAAUUUAGGAGAUAAUUUAUUGGCUCUAAACAUAGAUCUAGUCGCAUUUUAAAAUAAUUUAUGUUAUCGAAUGAUGCGUGGUGCCCUUCAGAAAAAGUGGAACUUUCAUAAAUUAUAUCAAAACCUUUGAUUUAUAAUACGUAAAAACAUGUGUAACUUAUUAGGAACUAAUACACAGAAACAUGCAUCUUCUUCCUUAUACACGUGCUGAAAACUUAGUAAAACCUGUCGUAUUUAAAAGUAGUUGAAUAUCAGGGUCUUAUAUUUAUUACGUGUUUAGAUUUAAACUUUUCAAUUAGAUGAUGUAAUUAUAAAAUUCUUUAGUUAUCUACACCUGGUAGUUAAGUAAAGAUAAAUGUUAAUUAUGGCCGAGUUCCCGUGGACGGGCACGAGGCUGCCCUCCUGUCAUAAUUAACGACCCGCUUGCAGAUCUUAAUUAUUAUAUUCGUAAUAUCGAGUAUGUGUUCAGUGUUUUCUGUAUUUAUGCUUCAUUAAACCGUUGAGAAUCCACGAUGUCUGUAAUAUUUAUCGAAAUAUCUAGAUCGCAUAGUUUAAUGUUGUGAGAAAUUCAAAGUUUUUUGCGCCUAAUAUUAUUUUAGAAUUAACGUUUGAAUGGAACUUUGAGACUCGCUAAGUGAUCGUCUUAGAUUAAUUCUGAUGUAAUUGUAUUUUAAUGUUAGUCUGGUGUUUUUGUGUCUAUAAAUAUUCGUCUGAUUCUUCUGUGCCAAAUUACAAACAAAUACUCCAACUUUUCAAUAUUUCUUAAUUCUGCUGUUAAAGAUUAUUAUUUUUAUAAGAAGUAUUAUUUAUUUAAAAUAAUUCAAAUACUACUGUAUUUAUAAUUUAUCAUCAAUAUUCUCAUUUCCGUACGAUAUUAUAUCAAAUGGAACACACCCUCGUGUCGGUACGGAAAUGCCCAUUUUUUCCAUUUCUACCAGCGAACUUACUACUAAUAUCAAAUUUCGUAGUUAAAACUUAAAUUUCUAACUUGAAUAUCUUAUUACAAAACAUUCUAAGUAUAUUCAUAAGCGUAGAAUAAGUCGCUGUGUGAUAAUGGUAGACCUAAUUUACUCUAUAGAGGUAACCCUGAAUUGUAGUCUUGCUACGAGAAUGCUACUGUGACUUUACGAUAUAUGUAAUACAUAAACACAUAUACAGCACUCUAUUGAUGUAUGCACACUAAGUAAAUUAAUAAUCUGUAACUUUGAAGUAGAUUCCGUUUCCUUGGAAUUCGUACACACGUUUUCUUUUGUGAAAUGCUAUUGAUGACAUCAUGAACCCUAGGUUAGAGAUGCCAAAGGCAAAAAUUGAAUCAUAUCAAAUUUCUGGGAAAAAUCUUUAAUCUUUAUCUCACCUAUCGCUCGUAAUUUAAGUUAAUAUGUCAUAAACCUUAUUGUUUUAAAGGAAUACUUUAAAUUACUUUAAGCUUCCGUCCUACAGGUUUUUUUUAAUUUUUAAGUACGGUCUGUAAAUAAGCUGCGGAUAAAUCAGUUCUUUUCCAUAUUGCUUGCUUGCUUGCUGAAAAUUAAUUUAAUUUAAAAGAAGACGUUGUUGGGAUUUCGAUAAGAAAAAAAGAAUUUUAAUAUAGACGGAAACGUACAACAUUCGCCUGCCAAUAUGAAUUCCUUUAUUUAUUGAGACAGUUAAAUGAUGCAUCGUUUUUUUAAACAAACUACUAGAGAUACUUUACUAAAGAUUAAUACCAAAAUAUAAAGAAAACGAUCAUCGGAACUUUCAGAUUGAAACGGUCUUGAUUUAAACUCGUCAGAACAACUACUCAAUUAUCUUUUCAAUUGUAAUCAUUACCGAUACACGUCAAACACCUCCAACGACCACAUGUCAGAUAUAUCAUAAUAUCUACUCUCGAUCCACAAUAAUUAAUUACCGUCAACAUGACGUGACGUCAUAAUUAAUGCCGAAUUUAUAUAAUAACCUCAGACCGCCACUUGAUCAGCUGUUUGAACACAAAGAGCUUGUGAUUAGCUCAGGUAAAUAUUUAAUAUGAUAAAUUUUGUUUACAUGCUUUUUCUUUCGAACGCAUGUGGAGAAAAAUGAUCCGUAAUUGUUUGAAUAUCAUCUUUAAUGGAAGCGAUUUCAAAGUAAACGAAGUUAUCGGCGCUGUUAAUUAUGAAGCGAGUUUUAAUGGAAUGCGUGGCCACAUCCGUCCCUCUGCGAAAGGCUGAAUUCUGUUACCGGAUCGGUGUAAAAUACUUUAUUUUAAACAUAAACUGAGAAAACACGCGUUUUCAGCUAAUUGCGGUCGGUUACAGACGAUGUGACAUUUCAAAAUUUUAAUAAUAAAAAUGAAUUUAAUUCGCUGUAAUAAAUAAUUUCGCAUUUUUCUUUCUAGUUAUCUUGCCUGAUCUCCUUAUUGUUGAUAAACAUUUACAUUGUAUUUAAUGACAUUAUUUUAAAUCACCAAUCGAUCAGUAGUCGUUUUAAAUAAAUUUCUGUUAUUGCCAUGAUAAUAAAAAUAAACACAUUUACGUUAUACAAUGUUUAGAAGUUAUCCUUCAAACGACUGAUUUACAUAAUCGUUUCAUUGUUAGUGUUUAGAGUUAAGAUAUAUUUUAAUGUUACCGUUAUUAUAAUCGAUCGUCUUAUUUGUGAAAUGUCUGAGUAAUCUAACUUAUUCAAACAUUUGUACGAACGUCACCGACGUUACGAGAAUGUGUUUACUGCAUACCUGUUUACUUAGCAUAAAUGUAACUUAUUCAUAUAUGAAACUGUCUACUUAAAUGUUUGUUAUAAUAAAUCGUAAUAAAGAGAUAAAAUGCAAAA